UAACACAUUCUGAUAUAUUUAACAGUUAGGAAGUUACGCGCGCACGUCAUUAAAAAAUGUGAUUACAACGCUCACGAAUUAAUAUAACUUUCUGUAAUAUUAUUCGUAACGAUUUCAAAUUGACUUUUCUUUUUUUUUCUGUUAGUAUCAGUAGGAUGUCUUUUGCUUUGUUAAGAAUAAAACUCGGUUUGAUAUUGUAGAAUAAAUAAUUGGCAAAAAUUACUUUUAAUAAUAUAACAACACCAAAUAAUAUAUUUUUACAUUGUUUUCUUGAUUUGCAAAUUCAUGAUCUUCAUUCGCAGAUCGACAAUAAUAAUUAACAAGUUCUUCAUAACGAUGAAAUUAAAUUAGGUCAGCUCCUGAAUAAUUCUCUCUGCUUGAAUUCUUCAAUUCUCUCGGUUUGACAGUGUCAGUUGGACUGGUCCGUGACGUUUGCGGAAUCGGCGCAGAGAUAGGUUAUGCGAAGCGAAGUUAAAACGAGUUAAAAACUCGUUCAUUUGUACCUAAAGUUAAAUAUAUAGGUUAAGUCGCCGCGCGGUAGCGGCUUAAACGCUGAACAAAUGCUGAAGAUACUGUCGCUCCACGAUUUCGAGUGCCCUGUUUUCGGUGACACGGCUGCUGUCGGCCUGAUAAAUGGCACCGUGCACUAUUGCACCUACGACAAGUUGCAGGAUGAAAUCCAGCCGUUCUCCAAGUACCUGCGGGGGUAUCCCGAGGUCGUCAUCACCCAGGAAAUGCUGACCACGCGGGAUUCCGCGCGUACCAUCAGCGCGGGCGAAUUGUUCCUACCCAUUCACGAUAGCGUCUUCAAGAAGAUCGCCAAUACUUGGAGGGAGAAAGGACUGUCUGAAGCCAUUCGCUUCACAGCGGCUGCAAAUCCGGAACAAGUCACGAGUGUCGUGCACUGGAUAGCGACAAGAUUAAAUUGCAUGUUGGACCUAAUGGAGAGAGGAAUCUAUCAGAGGGACGUGUUACCAACGUCAGGACCUGGAUCCGUCGCUGAUAUCGUUGCUACGCGGGAUUGGAAUGUAUCACUGAUAAGAUAUCUGGCCUGGCAUCCGCACUGUGCGCGUCUCGCAGUGGCUACGAGGGACGACAGGAUCCGCAUCUUUACGCAGGGCAUACUAGGCGUGCCAAUGUUGAAGCAUAACGCGCAGAAGUCAGUUUGCUGCUUGAGCUGGAGGCCUCACGCCGGUCGUGAAUUAGCAGUGGCGUGUUACUCCGGCGUGCUGGUUUGGACGAUAGAAUUGGGCGCAGCUGGUAAUCUACUUAGUCACGCGGUGCUCUUGAAGCAGAGGAACCACGCACCUGUCACGGGCGUCACGUGGCAUCCACAAGGUGACUUACUGGCAUCUUGCUCGCCGACGGACUUGAAUAUAAUAAUCUGGGACGUUUCCAAAGAGGACGGAGUCCCCCUGAAGCGCGUCGGCGGCGGUGGCGUAUGCUUCACGCGUUGGUCACUUUGUGGCUCGCGACUGUUCUCUGCCUCGUGCAGAAAUGUUUUCAGAGUUUGGUGUACUGGCGUUCCGACUCGGUGGCGUGCAGACCGGUGGACUGUACCUCAUGGUCGCGUGGCGACUGCAUGCUUCGGCCCGAAUUUGACGUUACUCUUCGCCACCACCGAAGAUCCUGCCACGAUAUUCUCACUGCCACUGCAGGACACCGUGUUUGACGUGAAGAAGGCAAUUGAUGACGACAUGAAAAUCGCGAUGCGUGUAAUCGAUUUAACGAAAGUGAAUUUCUGCGACGAUGACGGUGAUUCUAUCACGGUGGGGGGUAGAAUAGUUUCCAUGGAGUGGGAUUCGACGGGAAAGUAUCUCGCCAUUCUUUUCCAGGAUAGUCCAGUAAUUGCGUUGGUCAAAACAGUCCUAAGUAAUUUGUCGCGCAUAGUGGAAGUUCGGCCAAGCUGCCUCAUUAAAGGAUUUCCCGGAGAAGUGCCGAACUGCAUUAAUUUUUACCAGAAACGUUCAUCGUGGGUUUGCCUGACGAUAUCCUGGAGCAGCGGUCGCGUGCAGCACUUCCCGAUUGUCGAAGACGAGUCGCAAGUCGACGCCUCUACAUAUUCCACGAUCCUAUCUCACUCCAUGAAGACAAGUAAAUAUAGCUUUGAUUCACAGCAAUAUUAA